UGCAUAUUUGUGCUUGAUUGGUCUUCGUUAAACGGCGUUGGUGAAAUAUUUGAACGCGCAAAAGGUGAAGUGAAAAUUUUGAAAGGUUAAAAAUUAAUUAAAUUCCGCAAUUAAAAUGUCUGAAAUUGAUAAUUUGGAGUCUCUAAGCAACGCGGAUUUACGAAAAAAGUGCAUACAGCAUGGAUUGCCCAACGUUCCGAUAACGGACUCAAGCCGAAAUUUGUUAAUUAGAAAACUACGCGCCUCGUUAUCAGGCUCGCCGGCGGCGUCGUCUCCAAAAAAAACUUCCCGUCGUGAGACUAUACACGUCUCUAAAACCACCGAAACGGCUGAAGUUAAGGAUGAAGUAAAAGUAGAUUCAGAGCGUCGUACUCCCAGUAGGGGUCCGAGUAGACGCACAAUUGCCGGUACACCAACUCUCGACUUGCAAAAACCAAGUGAAUCUCAAGCCACGGACACUAUUGUUCCAGCUCCCAUUGGCACACGCCGACGAUCAACUCGUGAUCAUGAAAUACCACCAUCUCAAAAGGAUAACAAACCGUCGAAGACCUCUAAUCCUGUUUAUAUACUUGAAAGUGAUGAAGAGGAUAACAAUUUAAUAUUGGCAGCUGUACAGGAAUUGGAAAGAUCCAAGCAGAAACCGGUAGCAAAGGAAGUGAAUGCACGUUCACGUUCAUCAAGAUCAGUUUCUUUGUCAAAAACGGGCGUCGUAACGACAUCGUACAGUCAAGCAACUGCUAAGCCAUUGCCGGAAGUUCCCGAGCCAUUUAUUUUCCAGGUCUCUAGCCGUAAUUUAACGUCAGAGAAUUUACCACAUGGAAUAUAUAAGUCCCAAAUUAAUGUAAAUAGCGGCCGCUAUAGCUUGCACCCGAACCUUACGCAAAGGACCAACAUUGGAUUGAGUAAAGAAGUACCAUCUAUUUCGCGCUACAGUACAAACACCCUUACUAGUGGAUUAUAUACAUCAAAAGCUACACCUCUGUAUAAUGAACAAAGCGACGAUAAUGAGGAGGCUGAUAAACAAGAUUUUGAAACGCCCUUUUUGAGCAGUUUUGCACGCAACUUAGAGCGACUUAAGUCCGACGGGGUAGUAUUAGGCAAACCGAGUGUCUUGGGCACUACUGAUUUUGGUGGAGAGUACUCUUCACCUCGUCCAAUACAACGUUCGAAGCGGUAUGACAUUAUUGGGCGUCGCCCCGCACGGGAUUCUGUGACUGAAUCUUUCCGUCAAUUGCUGAUUGCAUUGGAUCGUAAAUAUAACCUUAGGCUUUAUCUCGUCCUUGCAACGAUCUUUUUGGUGUUGGCGUUUAUUUAUGUUAUUUUGUAUCAGUAAACACGUCUUUUUGAUUGAAAUAUGUAAUUUGUUUGUAACAGCAUUUAUGUUAAAAGUUUUUAUUUUAAUUUGCAAGUGUCCAAAAAAUGUCUGAAAAUUCUCGUAGUAAAUAUCGCUGCUUUUGAAGAGUAAAUUAA